AUGUGGAAGCAAAAGGAUACCGAUCGAAUGCUUGUUGAAAUUGCUAUUGCUGCAACAAUUUUAUUUGCAUUUUUGGCUACAACAAUGAAGCAAUGUUCAAUACGAAUUAAUUUUUUAUUUAUUAUCAUCGUUUCAUCUUCAUUCUACCUUCAUUCACUUCGAUUAGGUGUAAAUCUUUCUAAUCUACCUGCAUUAUUUUACAAACGAAUUUUUGAUGGAACAGAUCAAAGAUAUUAUCUAUUAUUAUUUUACCUGAUAUGUGUCUUUGCAACAUUAAUAUUUUGCAUUAUUGUGAAUCAUUUAUCACAUAGCUCAACUGUACAUCGAAAAUUUUUCCAUCUCACAGUAUCAUUAAUUUGUAUAACUGGUAUUCAGUAUGAUUUUGAAUUUAUUUGGUUAUCUGCUUGGUUAACACUUUGUAUUUUUGUAAUUAUUGAGGUUUUUCGUUCCAAAUGUGUAUCACCAUGGUCAAAGUAUUUAAAUGAUUGGUUGUUAAUUUUUAUCGAUAAACAAGAUUCACCGAAACUUAUUUUAACUCCUAUUUAUCUAAUGGCUGGGAUAUUUUUACCACUUUUCCUUUCACCAAUUGCUAAUAACGAAUAUCGUCAUCUAUAUCAUUUUGCUGGUGUUGCUACCAUUGGUGUGGGUGAUAGUUUAGCAGCAAUUAUUGGCUCAAAAUAUGGACGUUUAUAUUGGCCAAAAUCACAAAAAACAAUGGAAGGAAGUGUUGCAUUUGCUAUUGGCCAAUUUAUUUUUUGCAUUUUAAUAUGUUUGUAUUAUUUAAAAUGUGAUAUUAACAUGUAUCAAUUACUUUGGAUUAUGCUUUCCUCAUUUACAUGUGCCUUUUUUGAGGCUAUACUACCUGCUAUGGAUAAUAUUAUUCUACCUGUGAUAGCUUAUUUAAUUCUUUCUUAA